UUUAGAGUAGAGUCACUAUUACGGAGCAGGCAUGUUUGCGUAACAGCUCGUCGAAAUUAGUUAAAAUCAACUUUAUUUUGAAAUUUUCUGCUAAACGGAACUGCGCAUGGUCCAUUUCUCUUCAUUUCCAAUAUAGAUCUAAGCCGUCUAAAUAAGGGUUCUCCUUUCACCACCAUAGUUAUUUAAAUACUUUGGCAUUGUGAUCAUUGAUAGUCCAUCAUUCAAAAUCAUUGGGCAUUGGUUGGAGUUGGGGGGCAUUGCAUCAUGAUUAGCAGUCAUGAUCAGUUGAUUAAAAAUUUUCUGAUAGGAGAGAACAAACUGUAAUAAUAAAUGUCUCACUCUAAAUCAACACCAAUAACAGUUUACUCAGGCGUACCUCAAGGAACAGUCUUAGGUCCACUACUAUUUUUAAUUUACAUUUAAACGAUUUACCAAAUUGCGUUUUAGUUCAGAAACAAAAGUCAGAUUAUUCGCAGACGAUUGCAUAAUAAUAAUAUGAUGAUAUAUACUAAUAUAGAACAAUAAAAACAACACAAGAUACAGAAAUUUUACAAAGAGAAUUACAUGAAUUACAGAAAUGGGAAUCAAAUUGGAGCAUGUCUUUCCACCCAGAAAAAUGUCAGUUAUUAAGAGUAACAAAAAAGCUAAAACUAAUACAUUCCACUUAUCUUAUUAUUCAUGGUAAACCAGUAACACAAACUAAAAACGCAAAAUACCUAGGUGUUAUAAUAAAUAAAAAACUGUCAUGGAAUACCCAUAUUGAUGAAACUAUCAAAAAAUCAAACUUCUAAGCAUUAGGGUUUAUUAAAAGAAAUUUUUAUAAAUCAAAUAAGAACAUAAAACUAAAAUGUUAUUUAACCUAGGUUAGGCCAAUAAUAGAAUAUGCAUCCUCUGUUUGGGACCCCUCAACUCAAGAAAACAUUAAGAGCAGUGAGAUUCAUAACAAACGAAUAUUCACAUUUGACUAUAGUAACACCUUUAGUUAAAUCACUAAAUUUAGAAAGCCUUCAGGACAGAAAACGCAAAAGUAAAGUACCGGUAGCAAUUAUACAUAAAACACUGAACGAUAAUAUCCAAAUACAAAAACAAAAUUUAAUCAAAUACUCAGAAAGACACAAAAAUAAAGGCACAUUCCUCAUCCCAUAUAAAAUGCUAGGACAUAUUUGUACAAAUACUCCUUCUUCCCUAUGCUAUUAGUAGAGCAUGGAAUGGGUUGCCUGAGCUAGCCAGGAAAACCAGUGACUUGGCAGAAUUUAAGUCUUUGGUUAAUAUGCAUGACUGAAUGCAUGACGCGUAGGAUGUAAUCAUCUUUUUUGAAGUAACGUCUGUAUUAUAUAAGAUAAGAAAAUUAAUUUUGACUCCAGGUUAAAGUUAAAGUUGACAGGUGUGGAAUCGUCCAUUAUUUUUCACUUACCAGGAGAACCGCAUAAGCCAGGGCUUAAGGUUUUUUAAAAAUGAUAAUGACCCAUCAACUGCAUGAUUAUGCCUGUUUUAAGUCAAUGAAGACUGCAUAUGUGCUUUCGGUCCUUUGGAAUCCAUCUGCUACGCUCUGCACAAAGAUGUUGACUUGGUCUAAAGCGGACUGAAACCAGUCUGUUCUGGAGCUCUUAGAUGGGCACUCUCAAGGUAUCAAACCAGAUGCUCAUUUACCAUUUUAUCAGCCAUCUUUCCCACACAAGAUGUGAAAUGGGCCUGUAACCCUCAGCAGUAGAAGCAUCUUUUCCCUUUUUUUGUAUAGGAAUAAUGGUGGCACGUUUCCAGGCCCUGGGCAGAUGACCAUCAGCCCAGGUUCUAUUUACAAAGGCCAAGAGCACGGCCCUUCCUUUCCCCCCUACAUGCUUGAGCAUUUCGGGGGUGAUACCAUCUGUCCCGGGAGCCUUUUUAAGCUGGCAUUUCCUUAUGGCAGCAUUAAGCUCGCCUAUUGAGAAGAGGGAGUUCAUCGUUCCCUUAGCACUUUCGGUCUGUGCUUCCUUUCUGUUUUUUUUUCAUCAGCUUUGCGAGCUUUAUCAAUGGCUUUGGACAUUGGAGACUUCUUGGCAGCCUUGUUGAUCUUAGCAAAAUAUUUGUUCAACAAGGUGGCAAUUUUCUUCUUUGAUGAAAUGGUUACCCCACUGGGUGAAGAUAAUGGGGUUGCUGUUUUCGUACGCCCAGCCUUAGAGCUAUCCCUUAGGUCUAACCUUGCAUAGGUGUUGGUCCACGUUCUCGUUUUUCCCUGUUAAUAGACGUUUUGACUAGUAGGCUGAGUCUGUUAUAUUUCUGCCUGAGUGUUGGAUUGUUUGGGUUCUUUUGGACCUUUAGGUAUGCCCUUUUCCGAGCCAUAGCAAUGCCUAGAUAAUUUUAGUUUUUCCAUAGGUCUAACCAUUACGGAGCUAAAAAUUGAAAACUAAAAGUAGCUGCAAACUGUUCCGCAAUUGUGACUCUACUAUAUAUAUAGCUACACUAGAUUUAGAUUAAUCUAGAUAGAUCUGAUCUAGCUAGAUCUAUUGUCAUCAAAUUCUAUAGAGUCUAGAUCGAGACUAUGACUAGAUCUGCUAGCUGUUGAGACUCCAAGACUGAAUCAAAUAAUAAUAGCUGGGACCAGUUUGUACAAGUGCUUCUUCUUCUAAUGCCAUUAGAGCAACAAAUAGGUGCCUGAAACAGCCUGAAAAACCAAUGACUCAGCAUAGGAAGUGAUUAUCUCUUGUUAAGAAGGAGCGUCUGUAAUAUAUGAGAUCACAUGGACUUUGGAAAUCCUUGUGAACAAAUAAAAUGGCCACGCAUAUAAUUAUUGGCUUUAGACAUUACCACUUUGAUUUAGCCAACAUUACUGUUGAACCAGUUUUGUUCCUCUAUAUGUUUGCCAGUUUUUUGUACUUUCCAACCAUUCAAGCCUUGAUAUUUCAUAAAGUUUGCCUACACAGCUUCAACACUACAUUCUGUGAAGUUUUGGAAUAUAACACAACAUUCAAACAUGAUCACCAAAAAGAAAAUGACUUUGUCACAUCAGAAACUUCUUAUUGGAUAUUAAAAAUAACUUUGGCCUUGACCUUGCCUUCUUUUUUCAUGGUCAUAUUUUUUCUUGGGUCCCUCGGAGAUGUGAUUGGCAGGAAAAUUCCAGUGAUUUUGCCUUGUCUUGGUGCCUUUGCUGCAUAUCUUUCUGGACUACUAAAUGCUAAGUAUGAAUCAGCCUCAUUGUACUAUAUUCUGAUUGGCCCACUGUUAAAUGGAUUUAGUGGAGGCUACAUUGCAUGCCUAAUGUCAGUGUACAGUUACGUAGGUCAUAUAACAACCCCUGAUACUAAGCUGACAAGGAUGGGAAUUGUUGAAGCUAUGAUUUUCAUAGCAGGAACUAUAGGUGUCUUUACAUCUGGGCUCAUGAUUGAUAACCAAGGCUAUGUAUUCACAUUCUCAGUCAUGUGUGUUACUAUUGGACUCGCUGUCAUAUACUCUGCUUUGUGGCUGGACAAUGUGCACUCCUAUAAUGACAUCCAGGAGAGACCAGGCUUCUGUAGCAUGUUGUUUCGGUUCUUGAGAGAAUCUUUCCAGUGUGUUGUGAUGCCUCGAAGUAGACGAGUUGGUGCAGCACUUGUGCUGAUGAUAUUGGCUUUAAACUUAUUGAUGCUCUGUACCACAGGUGAUAUGGACAUUGCCAUGUUGUACAUGAGAAAAACAUUAAAUUUUUCUCCCACAACUUUUGGCUUCAUGAAAGGUCUGGACUAUUUUCUCAGAGGCUUAAUUAUGCUCACUUUUGUGCCACUCAUGAGACACAAAGUCAAGCUGAAGGAAAUGAUCCUGGUCUUGUUGGGAUUGUUUUCUUAUGCUGCUGAAUUUGUCAUCACAGGAGCAGCCCGCACACAGUGGCUAGUUUUCCUCGGUGUGGUGAUAGGUAUGUUUAAAGGAAUUCCUUCAGCUGGACUUCGGGCAACUAUGUCUUCCCUAAUCACAAAGAAUGAACAAGGCCGACUGUUUGGUAUCAUUGCUGCCUCAGAAAGCAUCACAUCACUUUUGUCAACCUUAUUGUUUAAUGAAUUGUAUCCUGCUACUUAUGAUCUUUACCCUGGCUUCUGCUACAUGUUAGCGGCUGGUAUUCUGGUCAUUGCAUUCUUCAUUGUUUUAUCUUUACACUGUUUUAUCUUACAAGACAUUUCUUCUAAUUAUCGUCCAAUGGAAUGUCCUUCAAGUAAUGAUGAAGAAGAAAACGCCACUGAUGGCUGAUGUAUUACUCUAUUGUUUAAAUCUCAAAUAUUGAUAGCAACAUAUCUUAAUCUUGAUAACUGGCAUUACUUAUAUGUUAUCAAAAGUUAAAUCAUGUGGUGGUAAGUUUCAGGUUUCAAAACAUGUUGUUUUUUUUUUACUCAGAUUGAAUUUGUGUUCAACUAUGAAGGCUUUUCAAAAUGUUAUUUGUAACUAUUUUUAGAUCUUUGUUUAUCAAAUGAAGACUCACACUUUUCAUCCUCACAUUUUUUACAAGUGCUUACUUUCUUGUUAUAGAAAUGGCAAAGAGUCAAAUGAAAGUAGUUUACAACUCUGCCAUUUAGUUUUGUUAACAAACCCAGAUUAAAACAAGUUAAUGCACUUGUUUUAAAAUAUAAUUGUUGUACCAUAUCUGUGGUUUUUUUUAAAAAUCUGUAGCUUAAAAAAACAGAAAACUAAAAAAAAUUAAUUGUACUAGUAUUAAUUUUUGUUAAAAAACCCUUAAUGCUUUCAUUAUUUUAAUUGUCAUGAGUUUUUUUUUAAAUGUACAUACAUUUAAUGUAUAUUUUUAUAUUAAUCCUCCUGGUCUUUGCAUUUAUAAAAGAAGCAUUAUUUUUACAAAGUUGAUUUUAUGAACAUUUUAUACUACCAUUCCAUAUAAUAUUUUAGUAUCUAUCAUGCUAAUAUGGAAGACGCUUUUAACAAAUCAGACAACUUGAAUUCUAGUGGGAAAGUAUGUAAAUAGAUUAAACUGGAUUGGUAAAAAUACACAAAUAAAAGAUUUAUAUUACUGUAAAUUUUUACAGCUUUGGAUAUAAUAGAAUAUUUCUCUAUAUUAGUAUAUGUAAUAACUUGGGGGGGGGGAGGAUUACUGUAACUCAAGAUGUCUUGUAGCAAUAUACUGCUGGAAUUGAUUUUUCUUCAUGCACUUAGGCUUAGGGUGUAUGGUGUCUUCCAAGUUGGUUGAUUGACUUGGACUUGGGAUGAAAGGUCUGUGUCCCUUCAAUACAUUAGAAGGCAGCUUGUGAACACCAGAACUGAGGGAAUCUACAGUAUUGUAGUAUCACUGCAUCUAUGUCAAACAUACUCUAAAGACAAGUAGCUCUGUUAGUUACCUUAUUCCUUUGGUCAGAUUGAUUGCAACAAAUUUCAUUUAUUACAAACAAUAUCACUACCAUCUUGUUCUAUUUAAAGACAUUAUAAUACUCAUUCUUUUUAUCAUCAGCACUUUGUACUGAGUUCCAGUUUCCAUCUUUUAGCUCUGGAUCUUGCCCUUGCUUUGAUUGUCAAACAAUAAAAGGCACAGAGCAUUGGUCAGUAACCAGUGUGAAAUGUCUUCUUAUCUGGUAUUGAUGUCAUUUUUUUUUUUUCUAAAAAUGGCACAGGCUUAGUUUUCAAACUAUAGAGUAUCUGUGUUCACUUUUCAUGAGAAUUCUUUGGGUAACGGUGGCUUGACAGUCAUAUAGAGUUGUGGUAAUGCAAUGUUUGACACAUCUGUUCUAACUGAAGGUCUAGUGCAGGGUGUUCUUUUUAUUGUUUAAAAGCUUCCUUGUUUGGAGGGAGCAAAGGAUUUGUUCUUCAUUAGUAAAUGGACAAUUUGAAAAGAAUGGAUUGGCCUCUCUCUUGAUAGUCUUCUAUGAACAGCUGUUGACUGGGAAAAGUGCAGGGAUUUGGUUACAUUAACUGUCACAGCAUCCCCAUGAUGAAAGUCUAUGGACUUUUGUGAUUUCAUAUCUUGUGGUGGAGAUAGAUUUCUUAAUGCCUGAAAUCUUUCAAGGUCUGGUUUUAUUUAUCCUUUAGACAUUUUAUAGCCUAGGAGGCUAUUGCACUUUUGUUAUUAUUGAAAGUGAUACCAUAUUUCAUAGUGGCAAAAUCUCAGUAAAUUCUGAUCAUGGUGUAAUAAGAAAUAAAGAAACUAGAACGAAAGAGACUUGGACAGUAGCACACUAAAUCAAUGUUGUGAACACAUUCUCACAAUGUUACACAAAUAUAAACAAAUAGUAACUAUUUCACCACAUUCACCCCGCCUAGAAUUAAAAUAGCAAGUAUAGUAGUAUAAUAGGCCGUAGCAUAAAUAAAUAAGAAUACCAGUACCUGUAAUUCCAUAGAUCAAUAAAUAGUGUCAACAAAUAUUAGUUUCUCUUGUAAACAAUAAUAAAUAUUGAUACAAGUAAACAUAAACCCAGUAUCAGUAGUAUGAUUGAUAAACAAUUGCUUGUUUCUGUUUUUAGCAAUAACAAAUAGUGUAGCAAGUAAACAUGUAAAUAAGUAAGUAACAAGUAAACUCUAGUAUCAGUAGCACAAGAUAAACAGUACCAGUUUAUGUAGUCAGUAUAAGUAGUGCAAUAGAUAAACAACUCUAGACCCUAUAGUUCGGUCUGGUUCUUCUCACUCUCUUAAGUUGUAAUGGGGUUGACUAUCCUGUUCUACAGUUACUGAGUCACGAGUGAGUUCCUGAGCGUCAAGUGGGGUAUGAUGGUUCUGUGUAUUUUCAAGAGGAAGCGCUCGGAGAUCCUCAGAGGCUUCCAGGGGUUCUUUCCUUUCUUGUAUCAGCUUAGGGGGUGUUGACUGUUACUUCCGUGUUUUGAGCUUCUGGAGGACAUUCUUUAUCCUCACCCUGAGCGAAGAAUGAAGGUUCACUUGUUGUUGGGGAGGGGGAGGAAGCCAAGUGUCUUAGAGAAACCGUCUCCUCUUUACCGCUGGGCAUAUUGGGGGUUACACAUCAGUAAUUCAACUUCUUCCGUGAGAGGAUUAUACUUCGAAGAUCGGUUCUCUCUUCUCAGCAACACUCAACCUAGGCUAGAUAGUAGAUCAGAUACUAGUCAAUCUAGUAGUGAGAGCUUCACACUUUGGUAUUGUUCAUCUUUGUACUUUAUUUUUAUUUUGUUGGUGAAAAGUGCUUGUGCAUCAAUGACAUCAUUGAACAAGCAAUUAGCCUUUAUUUUAUCAUUCAAACAGGAAAAAGCAUCACAGUAGUUUGUCAUCAUCCAUCAGGUUUCUUGGUUCAAGAAGAAACCUAAAGGUGUCCAUUUUCUUUCCAGCCUUUGGAAUCUGCCCUUCAUCUCCAUAUGAAGUCUGUCCAGCACUUCUGUCGCAACACGUUUGAAUAGCAGUUCUAUUGACAGUCCUACAUUAGAACUCAACUCCCCAUCAAGUCUUUUCUUUCUUCUGGUUGUUUUGAUUACAGUGAAUCAAUAGCAUUCACUACCUUCUUUUGCUUUUUCGAAGGUUUGGAUUUUUGUUAGUUUCUCAUCAUUUUGCAGAAAGCAUGAAAGGGUACUAAUUUCUUCAGCAGCUUCCCGUAUGUGCAGUCCAGACUCUUUUGUAGAUUCUUCUGAACUAUAAUAUUUGGGCGCAGGAGCUUUGACCUAAAUUCCAGAUAGGCAAAAAAUUCUUAAUUUUCCACUGCAUGAAGAAGAUUCUGUGCACUGCUUCUAGUGUCCAUUCUUUCAGUUGUUGAUUCAGAAAGUUUCUCCCACAGCUUGAUGAUUUUGUCGAGAUGCAAGGAAACUGCCGACAUAGCUUCUUCUCUUGUAUUACUCUUUUUUUUAAACUCCCGGCUUCAUCUUCUUUCAGUUUGGUCCAUCUCUGAAGUUAAUUUGAAAAAAAAGUUGAACAAUUCAUGUACAGUUCCAAAAAAGGUGACAAUUCUUGGAUCUAUUUCAAUAGAAUGAAAAGCUGCCAGGUUGAGAGAGUGAUUAUCACAGUUCAGAAAUGUUACCUUUGAAUUUAUGUCCAACAGAUGUAUCUGCAGGCCAGACAGACGGUCACUCUGCAGCAAGCUGUUUUGCAGCCCCACUCUGGUCAACUCGGCAUGGGGGAAUUUCCGAUUGAAAGAAUGACAUUUUUUUAAUUUCACAAAUAAAAAAUAUGCCAUGAUUGUGAAAUUUCCUCUGACGAAGAGACAUACAUUUAGUUUUUUUUUUAUUCAUUUUCCCACCCUUUCAAUUCACUCAUUUAUCACUCUAUAGGAACAGGUUUUUUUUUUAAAUUUAGAAAAGCAAGUGUCCAUUGGAUUGAGGAAAGAUGAAUAGAGGGGUAAUAACUCGAGUGUGAAGUUUAAUUCUGAAAUUAUAGAAACCAAACCCAAAUAAUGGACAAUUCUAGCAUUAUUAUGAAUAACUAUUGGAUCUGUUAUACCCGAUUCUGAACAUUUUUCUUCAAGGUUAAUUAGCGUAACCGUAAAAUACUCGCCAUUUAAAUCUAGUAUUAUUAACAAAGAGAGAAAGAAUAUUUUUAGUUCUUGCUGCAAGCACAUGUUUGAUCUCUUUUGAAACGAAAAUAAAUCGGCAACAAAUCUAUUAAAGAUUUUCGUUUUAAAAUUUAAAAGUAACUUAAAAAACCUUUGAUCUCAGUGUGAUAAAAAUAUUUUUAAAAUGUCAACAAAGUCAACUUACUGAUAGACCUAGAUCUAGGUCUAGUCUCGGUUAUAAAUUUAAUCCAUAAAUGUUGAAAAAAGACUCUCCUUGACACUGUUUGUCAAUCAAAUAUAUUAAUUUAUGUAUUUACAAACAAAUUUUGGACACUCUUUUGGGGGCCCCCCUCAAGUGGAGGCCCAGGGGGAUAUUCAAAUUCUCCCAUCCCCCCCACCCACGGAGCUGGGGACACUCGUACAAGACAUGCGACAUUGUUUCGACGCUCUCUCCACAGUGACGGCAUCGGGAGUCAAAGUUAGUGCGGAACCGGGCAAAGUAUGCUCCAAUAGGACAAUGUUCCGUCCUGCACUGCGCAACUAUUGACUGCUCUGACCUCCUCAGUCGCCACCAUGGAUCGUCGCGAUCUGGGUGACGCAUGCGCUGCCAGACACCACGUGCUCUGUCGGAUUCCUCCCAGGACUUUAACCACUUCUCAUGAAUGAGUGCUCGGAUUUGUGCCGUUGCUUGUAAGUACGUGCUUGGUGCUUCGAGGUGUGUGGCUGCCAUUGCACCCUCCCUUACGAGGGCGUCUGCCGUUUCAUUGCCCCUUACGCCGCAAUGUGAAGGCGCCCACUGCAUAAAAAUGACAGCUCCAAUAGCUCGGCGGAUGUUAUCUAUUACGGGCGACCCUCCCCCGCCGCCACCCAUAACUUGGAGACUGGAGCGAGAGUCAGUGACCAACACCACCGUAGUGGCGCUAGUCUCGCGUUGGAGCAUUCGGGCCCUAAUGGCCUUGAACGCCCUAGUUAUCCCUGUGAGUUUGGCAUCCAUGGAGCAUGCGGCGUAUGGACCAGAGAGCCUAUCUGGUUCAGUCCGGUCGGAGUAGACGAUAAGGGCCCCAUACCCCGAUCUGUCGGGGUCCCUCAUUACCGACCCAUCGGUAUAACAGAAAAUGGCAUCUGAUGGGUAGGAUUUUAUGGUUAUGGAUGCCAAAUUUUGAAGAAUGGCAGGUGUUAAUCGCCUCUUGGUGGCUCCCUCUUGCCCUAACAGGGACAGGUUUAUUUGUGGGGCCGGCAAUCUCCUCCACGGAGGGCACGUACUAAUUCUCCUAAUAGGGAUUCUAUCAGUGGAGAGUCCAGCUGAGUUAGACAAAUUGGCGCAAUAUGGAGGAACGAUGGCAUUUUAAUGUGGUUCCUCUCUCUCCACUGUCGCACUAAGAUUGAGGUGGGUAGCCUAGAGUCGCCCCUUUUGUAGCGCUCGUAGGCCGUAAGUACUGCCCUCUCCCUCCUAAGAUGUAAGGGUGCCACGUUAGUUAAGAUUUCAGCAGCGUUUGUUGGGCUUGUCCUAAAGGUGCCACAAAUGAGCCGUAGAGCCUGUGCUUGUACCCGGUCGAGUGAUUCGAGGGCAGUUUUACUAGCGUAUAUUUGAACUGUAUAGCUGUAUUCAAUUUGUGAUCUGACUGCCCCAAAGUACAAUGUGCGUAGCAUGUCAGCUUUGGCACCCCACUUUGUGCUGGCCAGCUUUCUUAGUAACGCUAACUUCUCCGAGGUUUUUCGUUCAACAUCCUGGACGUGCUGGAGCAUUGACAGUUUUCUAUCCAGGGUCACCCCUAGAUAUUUUGGCGUAUUUUCACGCUGGUGUCGCAGCCCACCGAGUUGAAGCUCGAAUGGAGCCUAAAGAAUGUCGAUCCCUAGGCUGAACAGGGACCAGGUUGUUUUGGCAACGUUUAUCUGAAUCUGCCAUUUGUUGCAAUACGAGGAGAUGGUAUGGAGGUCUGCUUGAAGUGCCGCCUGAAUUUGGUCGGCUUUCUUCCCGGUAGACCAGAGGACAAUAUCGUCAGCAUAUAGCAGUUUUUGUGAUAUUACCAGUAACAGUUGAUCCACUUUUGGCACAUGUUACUAGUAGCAGCACCAGUUGGUUGUAGAUGUAAAGGAUUUUCACAAAAGAAAACAUAUUUAAUUAGCAUAGGCGCCUGCAGGAUUUUUUGCAGGGGGGGGGGUGCAAGCUGCUACUUAUGGCUCAAAGUCGUAGCCUCAAGUUUCAUGUUACGGAGAAUAUUAAAGAGAAGAGUUGCCCCUUAUUUGGCCCCCCCCCCCAUACCUAUCGAUAUUAAAUGCACAGUAAAUACUUCUAUUUUGUGAAAUAAACAAAUAAGAAACUAAACACGUAGACAAAGUAUUUACUGUAUACAUUGCUAACUUUAUCCCUCAGGUCCGUGCUUCCCUACGUUCCAUCAAACAAAAACUGCUAACGUUGACUGUGGCUGCCGAAACUGUCAAUAGCUUUUCUAAUUAAUAAUUUCUGAUUUCACUUGCAGUGAUUAUUUUAAGUUCCGCCAAACAGUCAAAGAUGUCAAAGUUAAGACUUAAAACAUGAAUGGAUUAGUAUUUCUCAGUCCUUUUGUAUCUCACACAAAAGAGGUAAAUUUAGCACCAACACUAUCGCUAAGGGCUGUUAUGGAAGAAGAAUGCUAGCCAUCGUGGGGCAGCAUUGGCCGAGUAGUUUAUCCAUGUCUAAACUACACAUAAUGUAUUUACUGAUAAUGACGUUAGCCAGAUGCAGUGAGUCUCUCUGAACAACAGGAACUAAACCAAUAAAGUUGACUACAAUCACAAUCAACAAACCGAACGCUCUAAGACAUCUGCUUAGUGUCUGAGAUAUCUACAAUUUCAUCACCUAAAUACCCAGCUAAUGCAGUUAAUUCAUGAUUCUGCAGCUUGUAUUUUUUUUGUUUCUUGCUGCUGCCAAUGCUCCGGUGAUCCAAAUUAUUUUGACUCGGACGAUGGCAUGUGAAAAACUUUCUUGUAUCGCUUCAAUCAUAAACUGGUGGAUGUGUUUAACUUGUUAUUUUAUCGAGCGCUGACACCAAAUGCAAAUCCACAAGACGUUAAUGCAUUUACACUCUUUACUUUUGUUCAAAGAAACUAGAACAUUUAUCACAUCAAAAGAUAACGGGCAAGGAUUUCUCCUCCAAGGCAAAAAAACAACAAGAACAAAAAACAUUUAUCAUAUUCUAGUCCUUAACUAAAUAUAAUAGUAACUAUAAUUAUGUGCAAAUGAAAACAAAUCGCCAUAACUAACGUGCUAUAGACCGUACAUGGUCGAACAUGAACUACAGAUUAGCCUAUUCUAGUUUUCUUACAAUAAUAUCAUAUCUUUACAAUUGUACAUCCCUGGAAGCACUACUUGUUCAGUUGAUUUGAAUGUGUAGAAACUUGGUUACUGCCUAGGCUAGUCUACUACAACAUUAACUUAUCUUUACAACUGGACACUUCAGUGGAAGGUGAUACAAAGUGGCUAGAAUUGGGCUACUCAGAAUCCAGGGGGGGGGUGCAAGUGCACCACCUUGCACCCCCCUUCUGGCGCAUCCAGCAAUAUAAUUCAUAGAAAGCGUACAUUUAUCCUGAAGCAAGUAAUACAGCACCAGUGUAAUCACUUCUUGCACAUACAGUAGUAGAUCUGGUAGAUAACAAAAAACUUUGAAAAUACAAUGCUUAUAAAGGAAUAUUUCUAAGGGUUAAAAAGGCCAAGGGACUUAGUGACUAUCUAAACCUAGACUCUAAUCUUGCUAUUGCUAAAAUUUAACAGUAUCUAGAUCUAAAAAUUAGAGUCUGUCAAUGUCAAGGCUCUUUUUCUUCUCUAAUCCUACGUAUGUGUACUUCAAUGCUGAUUACUAAAUGUACCCAAGUCCUGGGCAAUACUGCAACAACACAUACAACAACAGAAUAAAGAUUCAGAAUGCCAAUUCACAGACAUAUAACAUGUUUAUUACAUAGGCUGUAAUAUAAUACAGUCUCAGUUCUGACAAAUGAAAUGUCCAGUAUCAAUUGAAAUAUAACAGCUCAAUAUCCCAUAGACUGAAUAAUGAAAGUACAGAAAAUAAUUAGAGUCUACACUUCAACUCUAUCCUUAACCAGAAGUCCAACUGUCCUUGACUAGGAACAAAACCACACUACCUUAUUAUGAAUUACAUUCCAUUCAAAAAGCAUUACACAAAGUAAAACAAUCCAAAACAUUAACAGUUUUGAAGUCAACAACCUUCUUCUCUACAGUUAACAGGAGACCCAGGCUGACGAGAACUCAGUCCUGACAGUCAAUUUAAAAUGUAAAAAAAAAAGGCGUGUUGAGACUAGAUCUUGUGGUCACUGUAAGAGUGCAAUGUGAUUGUUUAGAUUUAGAUUCGCUUUCAGUUUUGUUUGGGGAUUGAUGCCUUUAAACAAAAAAUCUAUCAUAAUCCUAUUUUUUUUCUGAGAUUUGAAGGUUCCCUUAACAAGGGCAUCAAUGCAGUUUCAUUUCUUCAAACUGAUACAUAUUGGGGUUCCCAAAAACUCACCAAUUUUUGAGUUGCUGUUUUUACAAGCUAUUGAUAUGGAACUGCAUUCACAGUCCAUUCCAUCCAUUAUUCUUUUCCAAGCAGAUGCAGUAAUAAUUGGAUGAAAGAACCAAUAAAAUAAUGAAUUGAAACUAAUAAAAUCAUCUUAUGUAACAAUCACAUGCACAUUUUUAUGAGAAUUCUAUCAUAAGCAUAAGGGGUUGUCACCUUAAUAGUCUUCUUCACACCAAUGUGCACCCCAUCUCAGUGUGAAAUUCAUUCAUUCAUUCAUCUGUUCCUUUACUUUCGUCGUAGGGGUGCUGUGACAGCUUAAUUAAGCAAAUCCCUCCAUUUUUUCUGGUCAGCAGCUGUUUUUAGUUGGUUGAAAUGACAAGUUGGUUUUAAAAAAAGUCAACAGCCUGCACAAGGCUGGUAAACUAAAGCCUAGGUAAUGUGUUCUAAACUAAUACUAUUUUCAGGGGGUACAGCAUAUGUUAGGUACUCAGAGUUGGAUCCCCAAAUUUAAAAUCCCAGUCUUCAGUGGGAUUCCAACCCAAGACCCUUCAGUUCAGAAGCCAAGCACUUUACCAUUCAGGGGGGUACAGCUUACUUACAACAAUAUGUUAAAACUGUGUGCCUUCCCCAUAAUUGACAAUGUCUUUAAAACUUUUGUCUUGACUAACUUUCCCAUUUUGGAGGUUAACUUCAAACUUUCUUGAUAUUAUUUAUUUCUAUGUCUUUUGAAAUUGUUGGCAUUCUUUUUAUCAUAAUUUUUACUAUGCAUUUAUUUUAUUGUAUUGUAUGAUAUUUUAUUUUGUAUUCGGGCAUUUUCAGGCAUGCUAUAAGAGUACUGGCCCUUGUGUUUAUGUUCCAGUUCUCGCAGGGUGAACAAUAAACAGGUUAUUAAUGCUAGAAGUUACUCAAUCCAAUCAAAGAGUUUUUGUGUCUUAUUUUAUAGCCAAAUUAACAUGGCAGUAGUGGAGGGUGAACCAAAUGUCAUUGUUAUUGGCAAUAGUGUUUAAGUGGCAUUAGAAAAGUAGGAACUAUUGCUUCAUGUAUCUCUUUGUAGAUGCUCUAACAUUGAUAAAAAAAGGGAGACAAGCAUCUAAUAGAGAUAUGAAGAGAAUGUUGUCUCUGCUGACCUAAUCAGAGAGUAUGCUCUAGACUUCUGAUGGACUUGAAUUGAUUGAUGGAAACAUAAGUGAAAGUUUCAGAUAGUGGGAAAAUAGUCCACUGUGAUAAGGUAUGUUCCACCUUGAAUUUCCAUCUUUUCAUAAGGACUUUUUCCUUUAGCCUGAGAUCAAAACCUUUUCUUUCAAUUGUUUGGCGUGUUGUCUUGACAUGCAGUAGAACUAUCAGAUAUCUGUCUAAUAUCCACUGCCUGGCCAAGCUAUAACUAUCAGAUAUCUGUCUAAUGUCCACUGCCUGGCCAAGCUAUAACUAUCAGAUAUCUGUCUAAUGUUCACUGCAUGGCCAAGCUAUAACUAUCAGAUAUCUGUCUAAUGUUCACUGCCUGGCCAAGCUAUAACUAUCAGAUAUAUGUCUAAUGUUCACUGCAUGGCCAAGCUAUAACUAUCAGAUAUCUGUCUAAUGUUCACUGCAUGGCCAAGCUAUAACUAUCAGAUAUCUGUCUAAUGUUCACUGCAUGGCCAACCUAUAACUAUCAGAUAUCUGUCUAAUGUUCACUGCCUGGCCAAGCUAUAACUAUCAGAUAUCUGUCUAAUGUUCACUGCCUGGCCAAGCUAUAACUAUCAGAUAUCUGUCUAAUGUUCACUGCCUGGCCAAGCUAUAACUAUCAGAUAUAUGUCUAAUGUUCACUGCAUGGCCAAGCUAUAACUAUCAGAUAUCUGUCUAAUGUUCACUGUCUGGCCAAGCUAUAACUAUCAGAUAUCUGUCUAAUGUUCACUGCCUGGCCAAGCUAUAACUAUCAGAUAUCUGUCUUAUGUUCACUGCCUGGCCAAGCUAUAACUAUCAGAUAUAUGUCUAAUGUUCACUGCCUGGCCAAGCUAUAACUAUCAGAUAUAUGUCUAAUGUUCACUGCCUGGCCAAGCUAUAACUAUCAGAUAUAUGUCUAAUGUUCACUGCAUGGCCAAGCUAUAACUAUCAGAUAUCUGUCUAAUGUUCACUGCAUGGCCAAGCUAUAACUAUCAGAUAUCUGUCUAAUAUCCACUGCCUGGCCAAGCUAUAACUAUCAGAUAUAUGUCUAAUGUUCACUGCAUGGCCAAGCUAUAACUAUCAGAUAUCUGUCUAAUAUCCACUGCCUGGCCAAGCUAUAACUAUCAGAUAAAAAUGCAAUAUGAUUUUUGUUGACAAAACUCAGACUGCCAACUGUUAAGUACUAUUCUACAUUUUCCAGUUCUGAAAUUUAUGAUGUUUACAGGUUUUGCUUGCUUGAUAAUUCUUGUAGCCUUUUUCACUCCCAUUAAUGGUUCUAGGCUUAAUAUACUGAUUGUAACUGCAAGUUUACAUGCAGUCAUGCUUUGGUCUAAGCUCAGAUGUUGGGAUGGUAAUGAGUAAUUUAGAAAUGUUAAUUACAUUUGUCUUACUUUGUAGAAUUUAUGUUUUAUCAACAUCAAGAUUUAUAAAACAAAACAAUAACAUUGUAGAAGGCUGUGAAUACCAAAUGUUUCUUUCACUACAGACUUUGAUCUGCUAGAAAA